AUGUCAUCCUUCCCCGCUUUCCUAAGAUCCCAGCUCCUCUAUACGCCCAAAGUGCCCCAACCAGACACCUUCACAGGCAAGACUGUCAUCGUAACCGGCGCCAACACAGGCCUCGGUCUAGAAGCCACCCGCCACUUCGUCCGCUGCGGCGCCUCAACCGUCAUAAUCGCCUGCCGCACGCGCUCAAAAGGCGAAGCUGCACAACGCGACAUAGAAGCGAGCACCAAGCGAACCGGCGUCUUGCAAGUCUGGGAACUAGAUCUCUCUUCAUACGCCAGCGUAAAAGCAUUUGCGAAGAAAUGCGAGACGCUUCCUUGUAUCGACAUUGUGCUUGAGAAUGCGGGAAUUGCAAAUGGCAAAUUUAGCACGUUGGAGGGACAUGAAGCACACAUCACCGUCAACGUCAUAUCAACGUUUCUGCUUGCGCUGCUCUUACUGCCUAUUUUGCGCAGAUCCGCCGAAGUGCAUAAGACGAAGCCGUAUCUUACUAUCGUUACGUCUGAAGUACACCACUGGACACAGUUCCCGCAGAAGAAGGCCGACAGUAUCUUUGCUGAGCUGGAUGACGAGAACAAGGCUGAUAUGGCGGAUCGGUACAAUGUCUCCAAGUUGAUGGAGAUCCUGCUCAUCCGACACAUGACUCAGGUCUUGAUCAAGGAUAAGAAGAAGUAUCCCAUUGUUAUCAACUGUGUUACUCCUGGGCUGUGCAAGUCCGAGCUGGUCAAGGAUAUGGGAAUGGCGCCGGUAGUGUUCAAGAAGUUGCUGGGCCGACCGUUGGAGGUGGGCAGUCGGUUGUUGGUGAAUGCGACGGCAUUACCAGACAGCCAAGGCGAGUACAUCAUUGAUGACUAUGUUUCCGAGCCGUCGCCGCUUGCGAGAAGUGCGGAGGGCGCUGAGCUUGGUAAGAGGGUCUGGAAGGAGUUGAGCGAGAUACUGGAGAAGGUCAGUCCAGGUAUUACUCAGAACUUGUAG